AGAGAAGUCGUUUUCUGUUCUGUCAUAAUUACAAGAAGGAGCUGAAGAUAAUAAUUUCAGAAUGGCGCUCAUAAUAAUGAAUAUUGACUUCUUAAUGAAGUAUGUUUGCUUGGAAUCCAUUUUAACCGAUAACUUCAAACCCCGACCAGAUGUUUGCAUGCCAUCCGACACGAACCUCUACGCAUUACCCCGAACUGUAUCUUCUAUCUCCGAAAUCUGUCUGGCACCCAAAUGUUCAGGACAGGGUUAUCACCUAGAAAUAAAUGUAAAUCGUCUCACUUCCCGCCUCCUUGCUGCGGCACGCCCCAAUGAUUCUUCCAACAUCUCUUCAGAAUACGAAUAUUGCCUGACGCCUGGCUGUGUCAAAGCAGAUCUCUUAGAAAAGGAACUGACAAAAAAAGAACCUAAUUUCAUCCGUGUAUUAAAAGGAGUAUAUUCUGCAUGCAUGAAUGAAAGUAGCCUCGAGAAAGAGGAUGUGAAUACAAUUGCAUUGGUAUUGAGAUAUCUUCUGGGUUGGCCUGCGAUAAAAGGAAGAGAGUGGACGCCGGCAAAAUUUGACUGGAUUGAUACUGUUAUUAACCUCCGUCGAGUGGGCCUAAUUUACGAUAUCCUUUUCGAGUUGUCUGUUACUGUGGACCCUGACAACAGUACGGCUCACAUAAUAAAGUUGGGAAAGCCACCAUUAGGAAUACAUGCUAAACAUUUGCGACUGGGAAAAAGAGACAGAGCUGCUAAAGCAUAUUUGACUUCGAUGGAGACAGUAAUUAAGGAACUAGGUGGAUCUGAUUCAGAAGCUAUAAAGCGAAUCCAUAAAGCGUUCAGAUUUGAAGUCUUGCUGGCCAAUCUCUCAUUACAAAACACGGAAGAAGAAAGCACGAAAAAUAUCAGCAUGAAAUAUACUAUUGACGAGCUUAAGAGUCUGAUACCAGAGAUUGACUGGCAUAAAUAUUUCAAUGGACUGCUGACGGACGAAAUCUCUGAAAAUGACAUUGUGAUGGUUGAGGAUAUAGAUUUUGUCAUGAAUGUUGCCAGUUUGAUUAACAAAACAAGAAAGAAUGUGUUAGCAGACUAUAUGGUGUGGAGAGCUGUUGAUGGAAUCUUACCGUCAUUAUCGAAAAAGUUUAGGUCCAUGAAAUAUAAACCAAGAAAUGCCCCAACAAAAGAACGUUGGGAAGAAUGUCUCUCUUUCAUACAAGAUAAGUUGGGUGUAGCCCUCAGCUCUUAUUAUGUUCGAAACUAUAUCACAGAGGAAAACAAGGAAGCAGUUCAAGAGUAUGUCGAUUAUAUUCAGAGUGAAUUUAUACAUAUGCUAAGAAACACGGAAUGGAUAAGCAGCGAAACUAAAGAAACGGCCAUAGAAAAGGUAUAUCAACUUACGCAGCCUCCUUUAUCCCUGCCUAAUUUAAAUGUUGAUUCUCAUGGCGAAACGGCUUACCUCUGGUAUAUAGGAUACCCGAAGGAACUUCUGAAUGAUUCUUAUAUCUCUGAUUUGUAUAAAGAUUUGCGAUACGACAUUACACGCUACUUUGAAGUUAGACGAAAUAUAAUCAAGUGGUCAACUGACUACUCUUUCUCUCUCCAUAGGAAACCAAAUGUUAAAGGAAAGUGGAACGAUCAUUCAAGGGCAACAGACGUACAAGUUCUUUACAAUGAAGUACUUAACAGUAUUGACAUUCCUUCAGGAAUUUUACAGCUCCCCAUAUUUUUUGAAGAUGGACCACACUACUUGAAUUUUGGUUCUCUUGGUCAGUCCAUUGGUCAUGAAAUAACUCGAGUUUUUGAUAAUAGAGGUCGGUUAUUUGAUAAAGAUGGCAUAAGAAGAAACUGGUGGGACCCAAAGGAUGAAAAUGCAUAUAACAGGAGAGCCCAGUGUUUCAUAGAGCAGUAUAGUAAUUUUACUGCUGAAAACGGAAUGCAGGUAAACGGUGUCAACACACAAGAGGAAAACAUAGCUGACAACACCGCUUUGAAAGCAGCUUAUUUGGCAUAUCAGUCGUUGGUGAAAGAUCGUAAAAUCGAGCUCAAACUUCCAGGAUUGACCUACACACCGAACCAAUUGUUUUGGAUAUAUGCGGCAAAUAUGUGGUGUGAGAAAUUAAGCCCAGAAACUCUGAAAAAAAUCGUUACCUCUGGUACAUACAGCCCAUCCAAGUUCAGAGUGAUAGGACCCAUGUCUAAUCUGCCAGAAUUUGCCAAAGACUUUCAGUGCAAUGCAACCUCCUCGAUGGUGCGAGAAAACCGAUGCCAAGUUUGGUAGACAAGCCAAUCAAAAACUUAAUAUCAAGAAAAACUGCUGUUUCUAUAUGAAUAUUAUUGUGGAACUAGUACUAAUGGUCUAAUAAUGACAGAAUCUAUACAUAAAAUUUUUGCUUGAUUUUGCGUAUGUUAGUAUCUUUCAUGCGAAUACAAUUUUGAACGACUUUUUGCUUAUUCUUGUUAUGCCAUUUUAUGGGUAUUUAAGUAUCAGAAGGACCCUAAUCAUUACAUAACACAAAGUUUUCAAAUAAUAGUAAGUUGCUUUCACAUUCUAUUUCUAUUCAAGCAUUUUCGUAAAACUAAAAAAUCUGAAACGUUCAAAGUGUAUUUAGCAAAACCUUAAUAUUCUGUAACCUAAAUGAUCAUCACAUGUACCUAAGUAUAUUCUUCUAUUAAAUGUUAGUAGCUGUAAGCAAAUUCUUGA